AUGGACCGUUUGGACCAACUGGCCUGUUGGUCGAUGGACCGGUUGGACCAACUAGGCCUGUUGGUCCGAUGGACCGGUUGGACCAACUGGCCUGUUGGUCCGAUGGACCGGUUGGACCAACUUGGCCUGUUGGUCCGAUGGACCGGUUGGACCAACUGGCCUGUUGGUCCGAUGGACCGGUUGGACCAACUGCCUGUUGGUCCGAUGGACCGGUUGACAACUGGCCUGUUGGUCCGAAUGGACCGGUUGGACAAACUGGCCUGUUGGUCCGAUGGACCGGUUGGACCAACUGGCCUGUUUGGUCCGAUGGACCGGUUGGACCAACUGGCCUGUUGGUCGAUGGACCGGUUGGACCAACUGGCCUGUUGGUCCGAUGGACCGUUGACCAACUGGCCUGUUGGUCCGAUGGCCGGUGGAACCAACUGGCCUGUUGGUCCGAUGGACCGGAUUGGACCAACUGGCCUGUUGGUCCGAUGGACCGGUUGGACCAACUGGCCUGUUGGUCCGAAUGGACCGGUUGGACCAACUGCCUGUUGGUCCGACGGACCGUUUGGACCAACUGGCCUGUUGGUCCGAUGGACCGGUUGGAGCCAACUGGCCUGUUGGUCCGAUGGACCGGUUGGACCAACUGGCCUGUUGGUCCGAUGGACCCGGUUGGACCAAACUGGCCUGUUGGUCCGAUGGACCGGUUUGGACCAACUGGCCUGUUGGUCCGAUGGACCGGUGGACCAACUGGCCUGUUGGUCCAUGGACCGGUUGGACCAACUGGCCUGUUGGUCAAAUGGACCGGUAUGGACCAACUGGCCUGUUGGUCCGAUGGACCGGUUGGACCAACUGGCCUGUUGGUCCAUGGACCGGUUGGACAAACUGGCCUGUUGGUCCGAUGGACCGGUUGGACCAACUGCCUGUUGGUCCGAUGGACCGGUUGGACCAACUGGCCUGUUGGUCCGAUGGACCGGUUGGACCAACUGGCCUGUUGGUCCGAAUGGACCGCGGUUGGACCAACUGGCCUGUUGGUCCGAUGGACCGGUUAGACCAACUGGCCUGUUGGUCGAUGGACCGGUUGGACCAACUGGCCUCGUUGGGUCCGAUGGACCGGUUGGACCAACACUGGCCUGUUGGUCCGAUGGACCGGUUGGACAACUGGCCUGUUGGUCCGAUGGACCGACAAACUGGCCUGUUGGUCCGAUGGACCCGGUUGGACCAACUGGCCUGUUGGUCCGAUGGACCGGUUGGACCAACUGGCCUGUUGGUCCGAUGGACCGGUUGGACCAACUGGCCUGUUGGUCCGAUGACCGGUUGGACCAACUGGCCUGUUGGUCCGAUGGACCGGUUGGACCAACUGGCCUGUUGGUCCGAUGGACCGGUUGGACCAACUGGCCUGUUGGUCGAUGGACCGGUUGGACCAACUGGCCUGUUGGUCCGAUGGACCGGUUGGACCAACUGGCCUGUUGGUCCAGAUGGACCGGUAGGACCAACUGGCCUGUUGGUCCGAUGGACCGGUUGGACCAACUGGCCUGUUGGUCCGAUGGACCGGUUGGACCAACUUGCCUGUUGGUCCGACGGACCGGUUGGACCAACUGGCCGUUGGUCCGACGGACCGUUUGGACCAUCUGGCCUGUUGGUCCGACGGACCGGUUGGAUCAACUGGCCCUGUUGGUCGAUGGAUCGGUUGGACCACUGCCUGUUGGUCCGAUGGACCGGUUGGACCAACUGGCCUGUUGGUCCGCAUGGACACCGGUUGGAACCAACUGGCCUGUUGGUCCGAUGGACCGGUUGGACCAACUGGCCUGUUGGUCCGAUGGACCGGUUGGACCAACUGGCCUGUUGGUCCGAUGGACCGGGUUGGACCAACUGGCCUGUUGGUCCGAUGGACCGGUGGAACCAACUGGCCUGUUGUCCGAUGGACCGGUUGGACCAACUGGCCUGUUGGUCCGAUGGACCGGUUGGACCAACUGGCCUGUUGGUCCGAUGGACCGGUUGGACCAACAUGGCCUGUUGGUCCGAUGGACCGGUUGGACCAACUGGCCUGUUGGUCCGAUGGACCGGUUGGACCAUCUGGCCUGUUGGUCCGAUGGACCGGUUGGACCAACUGGCCUGUUGGUCCGAUGGACCGGUUGGACCAACUGGCCUGUUGGUCCGAUGGACCGGUUGGACCAACUGGCCUGUUGGUCCGAUGGACCGGUUGGACCAACUGGCCUGUUGGUCCGAUGGACCGGUUGGACCAACUGGCCUGUUGGUCGAUGGACCGGUUGGACCAACUGGCCUGUUGGUCCGAUGGACCGGUUGGACCACUGGCCUGUUGGUCCGAUGGACCGGUUGGACCAACUGGCCUGUUGGUCCGAUGGACGCGGUUGGACCAACUGGCCUGUUGGUCCGAUGGACCGGUUGGACCAACUGGCCUGUUGGUCCGAUGGACCGGUUGGACCAACUGGCCUGUUGGUCCGAUGGACCGGUUGGACCACUGGCCUGUUGGUCCGAUGGACCGGUUGGACCUACUGGCCUGUUGGUCCGAUGGACCGGUUGGACCAUCUGGCCUGUUGGUCCGAUGGACCGGUUGGACCAUCUGGCCUGUUGGUCCGAUGGACCGGGUUAGGAGGGGGGGCCGGUGGGCCGAUGGACCGGUUGGACCAACUGGCCUGUUGGUCCGAUGGACCGGUUGGACCAACUGGCCUGUUGGUCCGAUGGACCGGUUGGACCAACUGGCCUGUUGGUCCGAUGGACCGGUUGGACCAACUGGCCUGUUGGUCCGAUGGACCGGUUGGAACCAACUGGCCUGUUGUCCGAUGGACCGGUUGGACCAACUGGCCUGUUGGUCCGAUGGACCGGUUGGACCAACUGGCCUGUUGGUCCGAUGGACCGGUUGGACCAACUGGCCUGUUGGUCCGAUGGACCGGUUGGACCAACUGGCCUGUUGGUCCGAUGGACCGGUUGGACCAACUGGCCUGUUGGUCCGAUGGACCGGUUGGACCACUGGCCUGUUGGUCCGAUGGACCGGUUGGACCAACUGGCCUGUUGGUCGAUGGACCGGUUGGACCACUGGCCUGUUGGUCCGAUGGACCGGUUGGACCAACUGGCCUGUUGGUCCGAUGGACCGGUUGGACCAACUGGCCUGUUGGUCCGAUGGACCGGUUGGACCAACUGGCCUGUUGGUCCGAUGGACCGUUGGACCCAACUGGCCUGUUGGUCCGAUGGACCGGUUGGACCAACUUGGCCUGUUGGUCCGAUGGACCGGUUGGACCAUCUGGCCUGUUGGUCCGAUGGACCGGUUGGACCAACUGGCCUGUUGGUCCGAUGGACCGGUUGGACCAACUGGCCUGUUGGUCCGAUGGACCGGUUGGACCAACUGGCCUGUUGGUCCGAUGGACCGGUUGGACCAACUGGCCUGUUGGUCCGAUGGACCGUUGGACCAUCUGGCCUGUUUGGUCCGACGGACCGUUUGGAUCCAACUGGCCUGUUGGUCCGAUGGAUCGGUUGGACCACUGGCCUGUUGGUUCCGAUGGACCGGUUGGACCAACUAGCCUGUUGGUCCGAUGGACCGGUUGGACCAACUGGCCUGUUGGUCCGAUGGACCGGUUGGACCAACUGGCCUGUUGGUUCCGAUGGACGGGUUGGACCAACUGGCCUGUUGGUCCGAUGGACCGGUUGACCAACUUGGCCUGUUGGUCCGAUGGACCGGUUGGACCAACUGGCCUGUUGGUCCGACGGACCGGUUGGACCACUGCCUGUUGGUCAGAUGGACCGUUGGACCAACUGGCCUGUUGGUCCGAUGGACCGGUUGGACCAACUGGCCUGUUGGUCCGAUGGACCGGAUUGGACCAACGGGCCUGUUGGUCCGAUGGACCGGUUGGACCAACUAGGCCUGUUGGUCCGAUGGACCGGUUGGACCAAUCUGGCCUGUUGGUCCGAUGGACCGUUGGACAACUGGCCUGUUGGUCUGAUGGACCGGUUGGACCAACUAGGCCCUGUUGGUCCGAUGGACCGGUUGGACCAACUGGCCUGUUGGUCCGAUGGACCGGUUGGACCAACUGGCCUGUUGGUCAGAUGGACCGGUUGGACCAACUGGCCUGUUGGUCCGAUGGACCGGUUGGACCAACUGGCCCUGUUGGUCCGAUGGACCGGUUGACCACUGGCCUGUUGGUCCGAUGGACCGGUUGGACCAACUGGCCUGUUGGUCCGAUGGACCGGUUGGAACCAACUGGCCUGUUGGUCCGAUGGACCGGUUGGACCAACUGGCCUGUUGGUCCGAUGGACCGUUGGACCAACUGGCCUGUUGGUCCGAUGACCGGUUGGACCACUGGCCUGUUGGUCCGAUGGACCGGUUGGAACCAACUGGCCUGUUGGUCCGAUGGACCGGUUGGACCAACUGGCCUGUUUGGUCCGAUGGACCGGUUGGACCAACUGGCCUGUUGGUCCGAUGGACCGGUUGGACCAACUGGCCUGUUGGUCCGAUGGACCGGUUGGACCAACUGGCCUGUUGGUCCGAUGGACCGGUUGGACCACUGGCCUGUUGGUCCGAUGGACCGGUUGGACCAACUGCCUGUUGGUCCGAUGGACCGGUUGGACCAACUGGCCUGUUGGUCCGAUGGACCGGUUGGACCACUGGCCUGUUGGUCCGAUGGACCGGUUGGACCAACUGGCCUGUUGGUCCGAUGGACCGGUUGGACCAACUGGCCUGUUGGUCCGAUGGGACCGGUUGGACCAACUGGCCUGUUGGUCCGAUGGACCGGUUGGACCAACUGGCCUGUUGGUCCCGAUGGACGGUUGGACCAUACUGGCCUGUUGGUCCGAUGGACCGGUUGGACCAACUAG